CGUUAGAUUGCUGAGAACAAUGCGGUUUAUGUGGACAGUGACGUUGUUUGCUGUAGCACUGGCAGAAACGUUAUGGCCAAUUCCGAUAUCGAUGCACUUUGAAGGCUCUCCUAUUCCUAUAUCGAGGAACUUUAGUGUAAAUUCACACAGCGACUCAAAUCUUUUGCAUCAAGCGAUCAACAGAUAUCUACAAAUCUUCAAAAAUUCUUUUCACUCUAUUCAUGCCGGUGCAAACUCAUUUGAGGAAGAAAAUCGUAGAUUUCUGGAUAGAUCACGUGAUCAGGUCUUGCAGUCUUUGGAAGUGUCUACAGUCAAUGAAGAGGAACGCUUGAACAGCAACACUUCCUACGAAUACUGGAUAAACGUGCAAAAUAUGAAGGCGUCGGUUGUGGGACAGUCAGUAUUUGGAGCCAUUUAUGGCUUAGAAACGUUUUCUCAAUUGAUGGUCAAUGGGUCGCUUCUGCAUUCAACUGUCACUGUGCAUGACAAGCCUAACUACCAUCACAGAGGUCUCAUGAUAGAUACUGGGAGGCGCUUCUUUCCUAUGUCACUGGUUUACAACUUGCUGGAUGCUAUGAGCUACUUGAAGAUGAAUGUUUUGCACUUUCAUCUUUCAGACUACUGCAGAUUUGCUGUUGAAAGUGUAAAAUUUCCUCAACUGACUGCUUCUCUCAAUGGCCAAUACUACAAGCAAGAUGACAUUAGAGCCAUACUGGAGUAUGCCAGAGAAAGAGGCAUUCGAGUGGUGCCUGAAUUUGAUUUGCCUGGCCAUUCAAAGGGCUUAGCACCUCUAGCUGAGGAUGGUUAUCUUAAUUUUUGUUCUGAUAAUCAUCGAGAGAUAUAUGGAGAUCCUCAGAACAAAUCACUGGAAACACUACAGACUUUGUUGGCUGAGAUGGCCACUCUUUUUCCAGAGUCACUCUUUGAUAUUGGCUGUGAUGAGACUGCAGAAGUUGGUCUUUGCACAAUAACUAAUAUCAAGACGUUAGAACAACAGCUAUUUGACUUUAUUUACAGUCGGCUUGGAAAGGUUCCUACUGCUUAUGAAGAAGCUUUGUUCAAAUCUAAAUCAGCCAAGAGUAAUGUGGUGAUUCAAGCAUGGGAGUCUUACCGAGCAUUUGAAGUUGUUCGUCAAGGAAACAAAGCAAUAGAAGGGAACGGUGGGCACUUUUAUCUCAGCCAUUCUACUGUACCACUUAGUGCAGUGUGGACAGAUAUAGCAUAUAACAUGACUGCUGCUGGAAAGAAGUUGCUCUUGGGUGGUGAGAUUUCGUUUUGGACAGAUGAAUAUUGCCCAAAUUUUCAAUGUUGGAAUGAAACGAAUUCACAUCAUCGUAAUAUGCCUGUAGCUUCUUGGAUGUGGGACUCAGCACAUGACAGUAUAUUUAGUCAGUCAGUUGGAAACAUGAUAUGGCCACGGGGAAUAGCUGCUGCUGGUGCAUUCUGGAACUUCAACAGUUCACUGAGCACAAGUAGCAUGGACUUUUUGACAAGAUAUCAUGCUCAAAAUCAGAGACUUAUUGAAAGGGGGGUUAUCAGUUGUCCUUCGAAUUGCACUUGUGAUACGCUCAGCAAAUGUGGAAAGCUGUAUCCACAUGCAGUCUUAGUAAAUGACACAAAGUAACUGUUGUCGUACUGCCAAGUGAUGAAACCAAUAUUCGGAUGUAUUAGUGGAUGCCACUGCAAUGAAUUGUUUGCUUAGCUGCAACUGACACUACUGUAUAUCCAUGGUUGUGGUAUGUCUAAGCUAUCUGUUUGAAUAAAAGUAUAUACUUGAAAGUAG